GGCCCGCCUUUUCCCCAUUUCAAACUCGCCCACUUUCGCUAUAAAUAUCCAACUCUUCUCCCUCACUAAUUAAAAAACUCAAACCCCUCCAAAAAAAUGGCUCUCUCCUCCGUUCAAAGAAGAUCUCUUCUCUCUCUAGCGCUCUCAGCGAUAUUUCUCGCGGCGGCGACGCAAGUCUCCGGCCAAAACUGCGGCUGCGCGGAAAACCUGUGCUGCAGCCGGUGGGGAUACUGCGGCACCGGCGACGACUACUGCGGCCAGGGCUGCCAGUCGGGGCCGUGCUCCGCCGCGCCGCCCAGCAACGGCGUCUCCGUGGCGGAUGUCGUGACCGACGCGUUCUUCGACGGCAUCGCCGAUCAGGCCGCCGGCAGCUGCGCCGGGAAGGGGUUCUACACCCGCGCCGCGUUCCUCGACGCGCUCGGCUCGUACCCGAACUUCGGCACGGUGGGGACCACCGACGACUCCAAGCGCGAGAUCGCGGCGUUCUUCGCCCAUGUCACGCAUGAAACUGGACACAUGUGUUACAUCGAAGAGAUCGACGGGGCAUCUAAAGACUAUUGCGACGAGACGAACACACAAUACCCGUGCAACCCUAGCAAGGGUUACUACGGGCGAGGUCCGAUCCAACUAUCGUGGAACUUCAACUACGGCCCGGCCGGCGACAGCAUCGGGUUUGACGGCAUCAACAGCCCCGAGACCGUGGCGACGGACCGAGUCAUCUCCUUUAGGACUGCCCUAUGGUAUUGGAUGAACAACUGCCACAACCUCAUUAUUUCCGGCCAAGGUUUUGGGGCCACGAUUCGCGCCAUUAACGGCCAGCUCGAAUGCGACGGCGCGAACGCCGCCACCGUCAAUGCUCGUGUAGGCUAUUAUACCGAUUAUUGCAACCAACUUCAGGUUGAUCCAGGCAGCAAUCUCAGAUGUUAAUGUUGUGGUCUUUUUUCUUUUCUUUUCUUUUUUUGGAAGAGAAAAUUGUAUUCUCUAAAUAAUGUGUCUGGUGUGACACGAUCAUUUUUAUAUUUUAAAAUAAUUUACGUGUAUGUUUAUGAUGCAUAGUGAUAAUUAAGUUGAUCAUAUUAUUUUUGGGAGA